AUGACCUCCCCUGCUGCUGCUGCUUCUGCUUCUGCUUCUGCUCCCAAGCUCGCGCCAGCUCCGGGCAGCGCCGCUCCAACCACGCACAAAGCAUCGAAAACGUCGACUCCAAUGAAUCAUCGCCGCCCAAGCCGCGCUCCCGUCCUUGACGCGCUGUCCGAUCGCGCCACGCAAUCCUUGAUUCGCAAGGUCCUCCUGCCCCGGGAGUCUGGAGACAAAGGACGAGACUGCCAAACGCCUAUUGACCAGCUUUUGCCGCCGUUGACCAGCCGCAAUGACGUCGAUCUGCAGCUUUAUGCGUUGCUGGCCAUCAUCCUGCGGGAAUACAUCCAGGCAUGGUACAGCAAGAUCACGCCGGACGAGCAGUUUGUGGCCGAGGUUGUCCGCGUCAUCGCGCAUUGCACUCGUGCGCUGGAGCAACGAGUUCGGGUGCUGGACCUGGAGAAUCUCUUGUUCAACGAGAUCCCCGAAAUGGUCGACAGACACGUCACAAUUCAUCGUUCGUCGCACCAAGCAUCCUCAGUGUCGUUGCGAGACAAUAGCCGGGAAGCCUACCACGCUCUGUGGCCACUACCGUUCCUAUCGCCAGUCCCUGUCGCCGGUGACCUCGCUGCUCUCGAUGCACAGCUCAAGAAUGAAGCUGCGUAUCGGCAACUCCUCGCCCAGGCAGCUUUGUCCAUUCUCCUGCCAACCGAAGAUCUCGAGAACCCGUGCCUGACAGCGCUCGUCGGACAAAUAUUCUCCGAGCUCAUCAUAGGUAACGCCAUGGCAAACAAGGCGGCUCAGCCUUGGCUACUGCUCGAGGUCAUCUGCACCAUUGAACGGAGUGUCAGGGAAAAGAAAGAGGCCGGCAAUCGGGCAAAGACUUUGCAAAGCCUGCACUCUGCGACUACCAAUCCUCGCAGAUGGUCUGCUCAGGGGCUUCUCACCUCCAUCAUUCGAUUCGGGAUGCUCUUCUUAGCAUCAGCACGAUUCGCUUUCGACCUGGUGAUGAUGUCGUCAUCGCUGCCGGCAAGGAGGAGAGUAGAAGAAGGUGUCGCAAAGACAUCAACGGCCGCUCAGGACAACAGCCCGAGGCCAACCAAGGUUCCGAUCCUCUCUUUUAGUACCUGGGCAUGCCUGGGGAAUGUCAUGGACGUGCAAGCCAGAAUGCCGUGGUUGAGCGGGUUUCUGUCGCUCCUGCAUUUAGGGGCAAUUCACGGUCCCGGGCGGAUGGCUGCCCUGGACAGCACUCUGGAUAGGCUGCUCUCCCAUCAUAUUCGACUUGUUCUCUCGGCGUCCCAUCUGGCCCCCAUUCUUCGCACCCUCCGGGGCGCCCUGUUUCCCAACAAUGCCCCAGGCUCGCCGUCCAUGUUUCCGCCGUCUUCGGAUGAGGAGCUACGCGCUCUCCGCGGGCGUGCCAGCAAGGCCCUGCUGCAUCUUCUUCCUGCCACCGUAGCUCGAAUAUAUCUCGGCCACGGCGGAAUGGAUCCCCGCAGGGAGGAGGAUGCUGUAAGAGAACUGGAGCAGCUCCUGAGUAUAGUGGACGAUGAGUACUGCAACAAGCAUCUCAUGUACAGCGUCUUGGAGCUCGUUCUGGUGCGGCUGAUGCCGGAAUUGGAGACCGUCGGCGUAGAAGAGCUUUUGCGCGAGAGGCUGGGAUAG